AUGGCUCCAGACACAACUUCAAUCCCAGGUUACACGAUAUUUCGUAAGGGAGACUACGACAGUGCUGCGGCAGCCGCCCUGAUCCGUCAAGGAAUCCCUCACCCACUUGACCAACUCUCUAUUGCUGAGAUCCCAGUCGCGGCAGCAUUGCUCCGCGAGUACGCCAGCCCGAAGUCUCUCAAAUUCAACUGCAUCACCUUGCGAGAACCACGAAAGCAAGAAUAUGUUGCCUUCAAACAGGGGAAGGGACCACGUCCGGACCGUCGCGCGUUCUCCAUUGUCCUUGACCGGGAGUCGGGGAAGAUUGCCGAAGCAGUCGUCAACCUGACCAACUCCAAGGUAGAAGAGUGGAAGGAAGUCAAUGAUGUCAUGCCCACUCUCACCCUCGAGGACCUCGAUAUACUGGAGGGCAUUGCACGCAAAGACUCUCGCGUUAUCGAGGCUUGCAAGGGCAUCGGCAUCACCGACAUGUCUAAGGUUUACUUUGAUGCAUGGGCAAUCGGCUUUGAGGAGCGAUGGGGCUUUGAGCGACGCUUGCAACAGGGUCUUGCGUAUUACCGGAAUUCGGAGUUCGACAACCAAUAUGCUCACCCUUUGGACUUUUCGGUUAUUGCCGACACCGAGCGAGAGGAGAUUCUCAGUGUCGAUAUUCGUUACGUGAAUGGAGAACGAACAGCAGUGCCACUUACGGAGCACAACUAUCUUCCGCACUUUAUCGGAGAUAAGUACAACCAUGACCGUCUGAAACCUAUUGAUAUCGUACAGCCGCAAGGGGUAUCCUUCCAGAUGAAGGGGAAUGAGCUUUCUUGGGCAGGUUACAAGAUGCACGUCGGAUUCAACUACCGAGAGGGUAUCGUCAUUUCAGACGUUCGUGCUCAUGAUCCUUACCAAGACCGUGAACGAACGUUGUUCAACCGGAUCAGCGUGGUUGAGAUGGUGGUGCCUUACGGCUGUCCCGACAAGCCGCACCACAGAAAGCAUGCAUUUGAUGUGGGCGAGUACGGAACCGGAUUCAUGAGCAACUCUUUGAAGUUGGGCUGCGAUUGCAAGGGAACCAUUCAUUACCUGGACGGAGUGAUGGCCCUUGGAAGUGGCGAGGCGGCGGUCGUUAAGAACGCGAUAUGUAUUCAUGAAGAGGACAAUGGUCUCCUGUAUAAGCACACAGAUUAUCGGGACGGCACGGUGAUCUCAGCGCGCGAUCGGAAGCUCAUUAUCUCUCAAAUCAUCACUGCAGCUAACUACGAAUAUGGAUUCUACCAUACCUUCACCCUGGACGGUACUUACAAGCUGGAAAUGAAGCUCACUGGCAUGCUAAAUACGUAUCCCAUGCAUCCCACCGAACAAGCCGCGCCGUACGGCACGGAGGUGGCGCCGCAAAUCAACGCCCAGAAUCACCAGCACAUCUUCUCAUUGCGUAUCGACCCAGAAGUGGACGGGCCGAACAACUCAGUCAUUCAGAGUGACGCUGUUCCGUCCGAUCAUCCGGUAGGAUCAACUCAAAACUUUUACGGCAACGGAUUCUACAGCAAGAAGACGCCAUUGCGCACAUCACUCGAAGGUGCCGCAGAGUACUGCUACGAAACCAACCGAACGUGGGACAUCGUCAAUCCAAGCUCCAUCAAUCCAUCUGCUAAAAAGCCCGUUGCUUUCAAAAUCCUCAACACAUCAUGCCCACCAUUGUUAGCCAAACCAGGUAGCAUCGUCUACAAGCGUGCCGCAUUCGCCCGCAAGCCGUUGUGGGUUGUUCCCUACAGAGACUAUGAAAUAUUUCCCGCAGGAGACUAUGUAUGCCAGUCGACAGGUCGGGAAAACCAUGCGGAUAACCAGACAGUUCUUGACUGGGCGCAGCGAAACGAAUCGAUCGAGAAUACGGAUAUUGUCUGUUACAUCCAGUUCGGCUUGACUCAUUUCCCGCGAACGGAAGACUUCCCUAUUAUGCCGGCUGAGCCUGUGAGUGUGAUGUUGAGAGCGUCGAACUUUUUCCAGAAGAAUCCCGGCCUCUGGGUCCCUCCGUCGUCGGUCUGCGUUGAUACUAUGUCCCGCAAUGCCUUUUCCACGUCAUGCUGCGUGGGGAGCAAACCGGGGGAUCAGUCGAGGUUGUAG